UCCGCCAUUCGUACCCAGAUCACCAGUAUACUUUAUAUCAUGUGUACGUCUGAGGACAUUGUUUCUCACGUGCGUGAUAAUAUGUUCAGUGCCCUCACAUCUUUCAUGGGACUAAGCAUAGAAAAUUGUAGAAUAGCUUAUAUGCCAGAAAAAUUCUUAUCCGGAAUGGAGUCCCUUGAACAAAUCGAAAUCAAAUCAGCUGGAACACUGGAAAUGGCCAAUUCUGUAUUUCAUCAAGUACCAAAACUAACUCACAUAACAGUUACUUCAAGUCAUGUGACCGAAAUGCCAGAUCUAUGCCUUUCUUCAAAACUGAAAUACGUAAAUAUUACAGAAAACGACCUUCAAUCUAUAGAGUCUAGCGGUGUUAUUUGUGAAAAUAAAACUGUCUUAUCAGAGCUGUCCACUCUGAUUCUGGACAAGAACUCCAUCUUUAACAUCUCAUCUGGUAGUUUGAAAACCAUGCCCAAUUUGAAGGACUUGCGCAUUGCUGACGGAAACCUCAUGAAUUUAGAAGAAGGAGCAUUGGCAGAUGCAAAAAAGUUGGCAUACCUCGAUAUUACAAACAAUGCCCUUUCAGAGGUACCGGUGUCACUGUUUACUUCCAAUCAUGACUUGAAAAUAGUAGGACUAGGUCGAAAUCCUUUAGGAUCUGUCCAGAAAGAUUUAUUUUCGACCUCUGUAAAUUUACUUGUGUUGACUCUUGACUAUUCAGGCCUCAGUGAUACAAUUUGGGAAUCAUUAUCUUCGCUUCAGCAGCUGAAGGACCUUCAACUGCAGGGAAACUAUAUAACUUCUCUUAACAGGACCGUAUUACGAAACCUUGGUUCCCUCCAAAACCUGGACCUCGGAAACAAUAGCAUUUCAGAUCUGUCAACUGAAGUGUUCCAAUAUUUGCUUCAAUUGCAAUAUUUGCAUUUGGAUCAAAAUAAUUUAUCACUGAUAAGAAAUGGAACCUUCAUUGGACUUCAAAAACUUAUUUCUCUGGAUCUUCAUGGCAAUCAAAUAAGCUCUAUUGAGGAAGCAGCAUUUAUGGAUCUAGAAUCUCUCACAGAACUUGAUCUUUCAGAUAAUGACCUCCCAUUGGUGCCUGAUUUUAAAGGACUGAAAAUGUUAAAAUCGCUGGACCUUAAAUCAAAUAAGAUAAAAUUACUGUCUUCUGAUUAUUUUAAAGGGCUAAAAAAUCUAGAAAAAUUAGAUCUCUCAAGAAAUAAAAUAGCUGGAACUGUAAUGGGGGUGUUCCUUCAUUUGCCUAGUCUUAAAUCCCUCGAUCUUUCUUUUAAUAAAAUACGGGUAGUUCAUAAGGACACGUUCGAUGGACUUCAACACUUGACGACUCUUUCUCUGCAAAACAAUUUGUUAGAAAACAUUUCCAUGGUUCUCCAGGAUUUGUCAAGUCUUACGUCUUUAGAUUUAAGCUCCAAUAUGUUGUCAACAAAGAUUAUGAGUGGAAUGUUUCCCGAAAAUAUUGAAAACCUUGAUUUAUCUUACAACAACAUUAAAGAUAUUACAGAGUAUGCAUUCUAUAGUAAUAAAGAGCUUCAGAAACUCUCUCUUAAAGGCAACAAAUUAUCAACACUUGCAAUGAACGAUCUUACUAUUCCAAUAAAGAGAAGUAAAACAAUGAUGGUUUAUAUCUCAGAAAACCCAUUCAAGUGUGACUGCAAUCUGAUCUGGUUAAGAAAAAAAGUGAACGAAGUCAGUAUGGAUACCGGUUUUCCGGUCGUCGGGGAUAUGUACCAUCUUCAAUGCCAUACUGGAUAUCGGAUUGAGGAACCGAUUCCACUUUACACCGUACAGUCGGACAAUAUGUUGUGUACCUAUGAAAAGGAGUGCACUGAUACGUGUUUCUGCUGCGAUUUUGAGCCGUGUGAUUGUAUGUUUGUCUGUCCUGCCGGAUGUUCCUGUUACAGUAGCUCAGACUUCAUGUCUACGCAUUUUGUUCAGUGUUCAAAUCGAGGUCUUACGGAACUGCCAUCUAAUAUUCCUGCGUUGACAACAGAAAUUUCUGUAGAUGGAAACAACAUUUCAGAAAUCUACUCCCGAAGCUUCGUUGGACUUAUUUAUCUUAGGAUAAUACACCUAGAUCACAGCGGGAUUACCACCCUAGCCAACUUCAGCUUCAUUGGCCUAUCUCAACUGAGGGUGCUGUACUUAAACAACAACAAUAUUUUAAGUAUAACGGAUGGAGUUUUCGCCAGAUUAUGGAAUUUGACGGAACUACACCUGGAAUAUAACAAAAUUUCAUACUUAGAGAAGAAUGCUUUUUCCUCACUGACAUCAAUAUCCGCACUCUAUUUGGACCACAACCUUUUGAUGACACUUCCGGAGUCAGCUCUGAAACUUUUCUGGGGCUUAAGCAAUAUGACUCUUGCAGAAAAUCCGUGGACUUGUGACUGUGAUUUCAUGGUGGAUUUUCUGCCAGCUGUGACCAACAGAUCAGUGAUGGUGGCUGAUUAUAAUAAUUUGUAUUGCAAAACCGAGGAUCUUACUCGGAAUGUCAGCAUUAAGGAUGUGAAAUCUGAAAUAUGUACCAAUAUCACGUCAGAGAAAAAUACAGUGAUAUCAAAACAGGACAGAGUUCAAAGUUCCCCUAACAUUUUGAUCAUUCUAGUCGCUAUUGCUGCUUCCAUUGUAGCGGCAACUUGUCUUAUCGUGCUUUUCAUUUGUCUCUGGCGACCUAGAAGUCCGUUUCUCCGUUGUAGUUGUAAAUGUAGAAGCAAAAAGGAAAAUGUAGAAGGAAAUGACAAACUUUAUGAUGCUUUUCUUGCAUAUAGUCACAAAGAUGAUGACUACGUCACAAGAGAAUUCAUUCCUCGUCUGGAGAAUGAACUAGGAUACAGACUGUGUGUGUAUUACAGAGAUUUCCCAGUCGGUGGGACUAUGGAAGAAACCAUUGAGUGCAACAUUAACAGAUCAAAACGAACGAUUUUACUUGUGUCUAAAAACUUCAAUGACCAUGAAUGGAAAAACAGCGCAUUUUACAACUCAUUUCAAACUCUCUUUCGAAGAAAUAAUAAUCUCAUAAUCGUUGUCCUAGAAGAUCCGAAAGGGAUGAACCUACAGAGAAAUUUAAACGAACUUGUGAAAUCACAUUCAAGUACAUUGGUAAAUUACCAUGACAUGUGCUUCUGGGAAAAGCUUCGCUACAUGAUGAAUCCACCAAAGCAGACGAUCAUGAGAAAUAACACACCCGAUAUUAUUCUGAACCACAGUUAUUCUCGCCAAGAUGAAGAUGGAUACGAAACUCCCAUUUCAUCCUCUGCUAGUCAGACGGAAACGGACAAAUUUUCUGCUUUAGAGAGACGCUCGCUAGAAAGCUUAAACAAUAUUUACGAAGAAAUAAGGUCUUCAAAACUUUCUGAUGUUAGUGAUUUAUAAUAUGUAGUCACUGCCAGAUUUACAUGGUGCUUGCACAAAUAUUCGAACUUGCCAGUGAUUUUUGGGUUGUUUUCCAUUCUAUUAUCAUACAUAUAUUGACAGGCCAAACAAAUAAUUUUAUGUGCUAAUGAAAUUAAAGCCUUUGGCAUGAAGGGCUCUAAAUAUGUGCAAUAAAAUUCUAGUCAAUAGAUAUAUACAAUAAAUGAAUUUUAUAUAUGCUUCAGUGCAAAACAUGAUAGACUUGCAAAUGCAUGUAUAAAUUAUGAGGAAAUAAUUUUUCAUAACAUAUAAUGUACUGUAUGUUUUCAUCCAAGUUUAUGACUAUUGUAAAACAAUAAAGUUCAAUGCCAUAAGA